CGCUUUUGGCCUGUUCCUUGGAGUGGAAGGGUCCUCCUCAGAACUAGGGGAAGAGGAGGAGGUUGGAUCCUGGACGAUGGGGAAUACCUAGGAGGAUUGUAUAAUGGCAACAGAUGAUGAUGGAAUAAAAAUUUCUCAUCAUCUGCAUGGUGUUUCUUCUGGCCAAGGAGAUGAUGAUGAAAGUUCAAUCGAUAUUUAUGAUGAUUUAGAUAGCACUCUAGUUGCUUCAGACAACCCUGCUACAAAAGUGACCCCAACCAGAAGUAAUUUAAAUCUGUUUGAUGAGAUCUUGAUUGAAGAAGGAGCAGCAAAGCAAGCUACUUACAAUGAUUUGCUGGCUGAAUAUGAGAAAUCUCAGCAACAACUUCAAGAGUUGAUGAAGAAGCUUCAGGAAAUACAGGAACAGAAUUCAACUUUACAAAAUGAAAACCAGUCCCUGAAAAAGAAUAUUUCAGCCCUUAUCAAAACAGCAAGAGUAGAAAUUAAUCGCAAGGAUGAAGAAAUCAAUACACUCCAGCGCAGGCUGUCAGAAACUCCAGUCUAUCAGAAAACCUACACUAGAACAUACUUCCCAGGGUCAACUCACCAUACAAAGUACACUGAAGGAUCAAAAUCAAAAAAUAAGUCCAGAGAUUUACUUCCAGAGAACAGUCGAAAGAUGGACUCUAGAACAAAACAAGCUCUGCCUAAGGAAGUGCCUCAUAGUUAUCCUCCUAGGGAAGCAGAAAAUAAGAAAUGUAAUUCAGAAAAAGGAGGAGUUCCUUAUAUACCUCGAUCUGAUCCUGAGCAGCUUUACAAUGAUGGUACUCAUGCAAGACUGACAAAAGGUGACAGCUCUUGUGACAAAGAGAAGGAAAAAAAAGAAACAAAAUACAAUGACCAUCAUAGCAGGGAGAAUGACUAUAAAUACAAAGCAAAAGUACACCAAAAUCCAGGCAGCACAGCAGAUGGAAUACUGGAUACACAUGGAAAGUUACAAGCUAACUUAGAAAAAACAGUCAGAAAUGGUCUGUUGAAAGAUAAUAAGGACUUAAAUAUGAAGUACAGCCCAUGCACAGAAACACGAACUGAUAAAAUUCCUUCUGCUAAGGAAAAACAGUUAACUCCUACGGACAGAUUACUGCCAAAAACAGGACACUGCAGUGAUGAUAGAAGUAAAAAGUCACAAAAUAUAAACCAGAAGGACUUGAACACACAAAGCAAAGAGGAAAGUAAUACUGCACAAAAGAGCAGACAAUCUGACAGGUAUUUAGAACAACAAAAAACUGCUAUGUUUUCUAUUCCUCCUGAAAAGAAUGUAGUUGUCAGAAGUCCUCAAAAAUUAAGUAAAAGCUGUGUGGAAGAGAAAAAGACCAAAGACAAUGAUUGUAGAAGAAACAAGGGAGGAAACAAUCAUGGCAUCCAUGAGGGAAGAUUUUCAGAGUCAUCACCUCCUGUUUCUAAUAGAGAGCAAAAACAUGGGCACUCAAAGGAAGAGAGCAAAAAAUGUGAACACAUGCAUUUUAAAUCAGACAGACAUAGAACUGAAGAGAAAAGGAAAAAUGAGAGUAACUGUCAAAGGGAGGGUAAAAGUUCUCAAAAUGGAAGAGGAGAUUCAAAGGAAACAUCACAAAAGACAGCAAGAAAAGUCAUUAAAAGUAAAGAUCGUUCAAAGGAGGAGGAAGAGAAAUCCCUUCCUUCAGAAAAAAUUGACAAGUUAGUUGAUGAUACGGAGGAGCACAAGUCUACAAAAGUUGGAAGAGUUGAUGAGCAUUCAAAAAACAAAGACUUAAAACUAAGCUUUAUGCAGAAACUAAAUUUAACACUUUCUCCUGCUAAAAAACAGACAGACAAAUCAAUAGCAAAAUCCACCAAUGUCUGUGACAGAGAAAAUCCAAGUCAGAAAGUACUGCUAGCACCAUCUGAAGAGAAAAGGGAAAAUGAGGACCGGCACUCUACCAGCUUUGUCCCAGCCGAACCUAUUAAUACUCAUACCACUAAGCAAGCAAAAGCACCACUGUUACACAUCCAAGAUAAUCCUGUUCAGACCAGUAUGGAAAGAAUAGCAUGUGUUUCUGAUGUCAAAAUGCAGGUAGAAAAUGAGGACUUGGCAAAAGCCUUGAGCAUGGAGCUAUGUAAAAGAACAUCAUUCCCGCUGGACACAGCAGGGGAGUGUGAUCUGGCUCAUCAUGAGAAGCUUGACGCCAAAACUGAAAGAGAAAAAGCUGAUAAAAUGUGUGUGGUUCCCAGCCCAGCAAGCCUUAUGGAUCCAGACAGUUCUUUCAAUGACUUGGAAACUAUCAGUUCUGUGGAUUUUGAUUCUUUUAGUGUAAUAGAUGAGAUACACGGAUCAGAUUCAGACUCCUUGAUGGAUGAGGGAGAGACCAGUAACAGUAUGAAUAAUAAAAUGUUGGUAUGUCCUGAAAAAGAAGCUAAACCUGAGCCUUACACAGAUCUUGGCGACAAAGGCGAGAUGACGACUGAUGAUGUUCUUAUGGUCAACCAAGGGACUCAUAACUUGAAGCCAUACUUUCCUGAAGAUGGAAAUAAUUUGGAAUCUUUGCAUAAUCAAGAGUUAAACCUGACAUCUCAAUCAAGAGACACAAACCCAGUUUCAGCUGAUGAUGAUAACUCUAUUCUGAGUAUUGAUCUCAAUCAAAUGCGGUGUAUUCCAAAAGCAAUCAGCCCACUUAAUAGUCCAAUCAGACCCUUGGCUAAAGCACUCAGAAUGGAAAGCCCUUACAACGGACCUGUGAAAAGUUGUAAUACAGAUUUAAUUCCAGAAGGUACUGUUGCCUAUCCUGGAAGAAACCAGUCAAGUGAGCUCAACAAGGAAAAUGAAAAGCCACUUUGUACAGAUCACCAUGAAUUAGAAGUAUCUCGACUCAACAUGUCUUCAGAUGAAUUAGAAGAAGGGGAAAUUGUGAGUGAUGUUGAUGAGCCUAAAACAGAGCAGAACUCUGUGAAGAGUAAAAAGUCAAAAAGAAAACCAUCUCCUGAUAGAUCUAAUUUGGCCAAGAGUACCUGCCAUCACAAGGCCAAGCUUACACCUUCAGGCAAAGAUGCUGGAAAAUUGGUUCCUGGGGAAAAAGGUAAAGAAAAAUUUCACAGUGGAACCAUCAUGUCCUCCAAAGAAGUGAAGAAAACUGUGAGCAUUGAUUAUCUUGAAAGAAUAGUUAAAAUUACCAUCAAGCCUACUACUGUACAUGAGUUUAUGCACAUGCUGAGAGCUAUAAGAAAACAAAUACGGAAAAACUACAUGAAGUUUAAGAUACAGUUUCCAGUACAGCACUUUCACAGGAUUAUUGAUUCAGCAGUUGUAAAUUUUACCUCACUGGUGAAAUACCUUGACUUCUCUAAAAUGUCUAAAUCAAGUGAGGCCUUAAAGAUGAAGCUCUGUGAAGUCAUAGAAUCUAAACUUAACCAGAUCAAAAAGAAUAGUAUAAUAGAGCAUUUGUUCAAACAGCAACAAUCAGAUAUGAAGAAAAAGUUGUGGAAGCUUGUUGAUGAACAACUUGACUACUUAUUUGAUAAAAUUAAAAAAAUUCUUCUAAAGAUGUGCAACUUGGUAAAUUUUGGAAAUGAGAGUAAUGAAACUAAGGUUGACAAAAGAAUGAAAGAAAAACCCAAAUCCCUUGUAAGUCAUAAAAAUGACAGGCAGAAAUCAAAGAAACCAGCCUUAACCACUAGGAUUCAAAAACAUGAUGACUGUGUUCUUCCAAAAACUAUAAUAGGUAACCAGAUGUCAAAGAGAGGUUACCAUGACACAAACAGAAUGGACACCCACAAUACAGCUGCAAAAUGUAAACAUUCCUAUACUAAUAAUGCAAAACAUUCUCAGACUGAAGCUGAACCUUUCAGGCAAAAGUCGAUGCAAGAUACUACUCUGAAAGAUGGAAAAUCUGCAAAGGAAGAAUCACACAUGAUUGGAGAUCCUCACAAGUCUGAUGUGAGCUGUGGGCCUCUCACAGAACAGCAGAUGUCUGGCUUGACAUUCAACCUAGUGAAUGAUGCUCAAAUGGGUGAAAUGUUCAAAAGUUUGCUACAAGGCAUAGAUCUUUCAGAAAAGAAUGUUGACUUCACUGAUGAAAAUCAAUGGGAGUUCAGGACACCGCAAAAACACACAGUAGAAGGCCAUAUCUGUGAGGAUGAUCCUGCAUAUGAGGCAGAACAGUCUGUUCAAAAGGAGACCCAGCUAGAGUCAAGGGUACUGGAUGCAAUUAAAUGGCCUGUUGUUUCUCCUGAAAGAGAUUCAUCAUUUUUAGCAAGACUGCAGGUGCCAAUUGAUCCAGCUGUUCUAGAUGAAAGCUGUAUGUUUGAAAUUCCCAAUAGUCCAGCUUUGAAGAAAAGUGAGGCAUGCAUUUCUGAAAAGCCAAAAUCACUUGUUUCUUCUAUUCUUCUGGAAGAUCUAGCAGUGUCAUUGACUAUUCCUUCUCCUUUGAAAUCAGAUGCACAUCUUAGUUUCCUAAAACCUGAUGUAUUGGGGUCAGUUCCAGAGGAUGUUCUGAAUGCACACUUCAGUGAAGAUGCCCAUCUUGAUGAGGAAGAUGCUUCUGAACAGGAUAUCCAUUUGGCCUUGGAAUCUGAUAAUUCAAGCAGUAAAUCAAGUGGUUCUUCCACAUGGACAGAUGUGUCUGCUGCUCCUGGAUUUCAGUAUUGCCCAAGCCUGCCAAUGCAGGCAGUAAUAAUGGAGAAAUCAAAUGAUCACUUCAUUGUCAAGAUAAGGCGUGCUGCACCAUCUACCUCCCCAAUUCUCGAUCAAGCAAUCCUUGCAGAUGGAUCCCUGACCUCUCUUACAGAGAGAGGAAACCAUGAUAUUACACCUGAAGAAAAAACAUAUACUUUGAGUUCCAAAAGUAUGCCAUUGGAAGGUGUAGCAACCUCUAAGGACAAUGUAAAUAUUACUGACUUGGGGGGUAAAGCUCAUAUUGGAAAAGAGCAAGUUCCUAAUUCAGAGGAAUGUGUGAUGGAAGUUUCUAAAUAUCUUGAGAAUGAUCAGGAACCCACUCAUUCUAAAUUCCAACAAGACCCCCAUCCUCACGCUUCUGAUGAUGCACCUGAAUCUAUAGAAUCCUUUUUUAGCAGUGCAAAACAAAAGCAACCUUGUGACAUGCCUGAAUUUCCCCAGGAGCGGUACAGCAAUACUGGACAAAGUCUAGGCCCUGACUUACCUGGGCUCCAUCGGGUGUUGUGUAAAGAUGCUUGCUCAGAAGAAGCCUCUGACCUACAAGAUCCCCCGAAGAAACUGGAGGAAUCUUUUUUAUCUUUGAAAGAAUCCUCAAUUAAAACUAGCCAGGGGAAAGACAUCCCUGAAGUUUUUAAACUACCUCAAACACAGACAUUGAAAUUGUCCCCAAAAAGUGAUGUACCAUGUGCUAAAGAACAAUGUUCUUCAUUUAACUCAGAGUCGGUUCCACUUGUAGAAGGCCUGUCCUCUGAGAGUCAUUUUGACAUAUGUAUGGAAGUGACAGAAGAGACUCCCAUGGAAAAUGAAGUCGAUUCAUGGGAUCUCACAAUACAAUCUGCUUUAAACACUAGAAAAGAAAGUUUAUAUAAAGAUCAAAGAGAACAAAAGAUAAAGACAGAGAAUUACUGUGAAGCAGAUCAUCCUUCAGAGCAUGUUGAAGCAGUUAGGAGUUUGACAGAUCAGCCUGACAAGUCUGUAGCUGAUGAGGAUUUUGAAAUGAAAACUGCUCCAAAUACUCAUGAUCAAGAAUGCAACAUAAGCCUUAAAGAAAGCAAAAAAAGGAAAAAUGAGACAGAAGUGACUGCCAGCACUAAAAGACACAGAACAGAAACUAAUGAUUCAACUUGUAAGAAAAGUGGCAAAAGUAGCAAAAAGUCUAAAGAUACAAAUUCAGAAUCCAUAAGUGCAUCCCAUAAAAAGACUACAUCAGUUAGUGGCAAAGAUGCUUUACUCUCAACAUCAUCUGUGUCACCAUCAAAUCUAUGUGCUAAAAAUAUAAUUAAGAAGAAAGGAGAAAUUGUAAUUUCUUGGACAAGAAAUGAUGACAGGGAGAUUCUUUUGGAAUGCCAGAAAAAAGGACCUUUAGGAAAAACCUUUGCCUCUGUUGCUGCGCGAUUAAACAAAAGUCAAACUCAGGUUGAAGAAAGAUUCAAGCAGUUAUUGAAGCUAUUCAAAAUGUCAAACUGCAGUUAGCGACUAUACUGCUGCGGCAAGUGAUUAACUGCUUUGAGAAAAUAUGCACUGCAUUUGUGUGAGAAAGAAAGAGUGCCUGUAGUCCAAGUCAGAAUAGCUGUCUGUUAGUUAUCCUUUUACCUUUAGCUGGAGUGCUCCAUUUAUGUCCAGAAAUCCUUCCUUUCCUGAUUAGUAACUGGUCCUUGCUGGAAAAUGCCAGAAUUAUAGAAGUAAUUAAUGUCUGUUAGCAUCUCAGCGUUUUGUGGAACAUGGGGGACAGGAAGAGCAUAUGCUUGCACUUCCUGUUCUUUGGAGUUCCCCAAAUUGGCCACACUAAAAUGUUCCUAUAUUCUCUUAGUAAUUUUAUUUUGGAUGGUAAAGUAAGGUUACAUGUAGCAGAAGAACAAGACAUUUGUACUUGUUCAUCUGCAUUCUAGAGUGACAGAAACCUACACGAAAGCUUAUGUGAUUUAGGAAAGCAGUUAGUUCCUGACAUAUAGUAAGUCUGAAUUUUUGCAUUUAAACUUGCAGUUAGUAUUUGUUGAUGGGACAUACUGGAAAAAAGUCUAACCCAUAAGAUAUAGCUCUAAUCAAUAACCAUGAGAAGAUAUAAAAGGGCAGUUAAACACCACACUCCCCUUUCUCUCGCUUUCAGAAACCAUGAACACAAAUUGUGAGAUUUGUCCAAGUGUCAGUAUUCAUUGUAUGCAUUUAAGAUCAUGCAAGAUUGGAAUUCGUAGGGUUUAUUUUGCAAGUAUUAAAUUAGUAUUCAUUUUUCUUUGCUUAAGAAAACAAAUUCUACAGCUCUAUAUGAACAUUUGCUUUUCACAGGCUGGCUUGCUUUAUUCAUUGUGUUUGGUUAACUUAAAAUAUUAUUUCCCUUUAUAAUCAUGGAUGUCUAACCAAAUAUUUUACAAACCAUCCAAAAUAUUUUACAAACCAUUACAAUGAAAUUACUAAGGGAAUAUAGGAACAUUUUAGUGUGGCCAAUUUGGGGAACUUCAAAAAACAGGAAUUUACAACUAUUUAAAGUGCAAUGUGAAUAUGUAAUCCAAAUGGUGCCUUAAUUUAAAAAAAAAAAAACUUCUAAAAUGAGAUUAUAAUUAAAGGUUAUUGAGGUAAAACCGAUCUGUACUCCUGUCCUAAAAAGUUGCAGAUUUAUUUAGGGAUUUGAUUUUGUCAGCCAUCUCCACAAAACAUAUUCACGGCAGCCAAAGCUUUGGAAAGGAUUUCACCAGUUUUAGAAACAUUUUUAUCUGUUGGCUUCAUAUAACAUAAAUCAACAAAAGGCUCUUAAGUUAAAAACAGUACCCAGCCUGUUAUUUCAAAAAGGAAAGAACCACAUUUCCCACAAGUGAGUUUCUGCUAUUCUGGCUUGGAUGUAUGUGUGUUUGGGUGCAUGUGUGUAAUGUUUUAAAUGUUAUUCUAUUGUAAAUAAUGUACAGAAUUCUCUGUUGUGUAAAAUAUUGUGUUUAAAUACAGUUUCUUUAUCUGAACAUUUUUGAUUAUAGCAAACAAAUUUUAUUUUGUAUAAAUUGAAUACUUCAUAUUGUAAUGGAAGUCCCAGGCCCUGUAAUGAAUGCACUUAAUGUUCAUUAAAAGUUGACUUUGGAGUGUUUUUAUACCAUAUUCUAUACCAUUCUUUCAGCAGGAAUCAUGACAUGGAAUGCAUUUUGUGUGUAUUUGUGUUCUUAAUAUUCUAGUGCUAAAUCUAGCACCUGGCACAUGUUCCUUUGCCCUGAACUAGCAAGUGAUUUGCAUGAAGAUACAGCUCUCAGGUCAGCCCCACAUCUAUAAAAGAGCAUUCAUGAAGAAUUGAGAGAACCAUCGUCCAACAUUUAGGAAUGCAUACAGUGGCUGGCAUCCAGUUGGUUAGUCCCAAGAAGAAUCAAUUGUUCAAUCAAUUGUUAAAUGGUGAAUCAUUAUGUAGGUAAAUCCUAUUGAUUCAAUUAAUCACUUUAGUCAAGACUAACAACAGGAUUGAGGCUAGUGCCUGUUGCUCAGUAGAUACACGUGUAUCUGUAUUGCUUGAUGCUUUAACCCUGACAAUGUUGAUAGAUGGAUAAGUAUGAACUUCUAAAUGGGCCUGCCUAUUCCUUACCAUCCCCAUUGUUUUCCCCAGUAUAACCUACUCUCUAGUACUAGGAAAUCAGUAAAUGUUCAGAACAAGCUGCUUCCCAUAGAGGUGCUCAUAUUAUUUAUUUCUCCUAAGUUCAUUCUUAAUGUGCCAUAGUCAUGAUCAGCAAAUGCAUGUUGCAUUUGUGCUAACAGGAUAUGCUAGUAAAGGGGGGCUAGCAUCCUGCAUAUGACAUGGUUGCAGUUUCCUCCUUGUAUCAGGUGUAGAAGGGGAAGACUUAAAUAGUGAUGGCUAGAAAAAUUUACAAGGAUCCUUCCUCCUUUGAGGAAGUUUGUCCAGAUAUCUUUACAUUGCCUAGAAUCAACCCUGCAGGGAGUCAUCAUAUGAAAAAUAAAUGCUUCAGUGUAAGUUUAUACAACUGUAAUCACAUUCUUACCAAUAUUUCACCUUAUUCAAAUUAUAUGUAAAUGGAUACCUAGCAGUCAUUUAUUAUUUUGUAGUGGGAGAAAGGCAAGAUAUAAGUAAAUAAAAUAAUAAUAGUAUAUUUCAUUUAUAUUU